UUUAUUUUAGUAGUUUAGCCCAUCUGAAUGAUUUUCUAUGGUUCCCUAAAAUGGAUGACCUGCUAUGGAUUUGCAAUUCUAAUGGUUUGUACAGAUUGGGAAGCCAUUGCGGAUAGUGAACCGGAUGAGUUGCUUUCUUCAGAAUGUUUGCCUGGAGUAUCAAAACUUUCAUUGGAGGAUAGUAAAGUCGAAGCCCCUAAGAGACGUGGAAGGGGGACAUUUUCAUAUAAAAGAAGUGAAUUGUACAGUGAUCAACUAUCUGACUUGUCUGCUCCUGAAGAUACUGAGAAUGAGGAUGUGGGCAAACACCCUGAAACAAAAACGGUUGAACCUAGAUAUGGCACACACCAUGUUCUUGUUUUGGCCGGCUUUUCACCAAGUACUAGGACACAAGACCUAGAGAAGCUUUUUGAGAACUUCAGAGAUCAAGGAGUUGCCAUUCGCUGGGUCAAUGAUACAACUGCCCUUGCAGUAUUUCGAACACCUUCUAUUGCCCUUGAAGUCUUCAGCCAUGUUCGUUGUCCAUUUACUGUACGCAUACUUGACAAGGAUGAUGUGCUCUUGGGCUCAAUUUCAGCUAGAGAUUUGGAGCCUCCUCGGCAAAGACCGCAGACAUCAGUUAGAACUGCCCAGAGGCUGAUUGCUCAGGCAAUAGGAUCGAAAUUGCCAUCCACCUUUGGUUCUAGAGAACUGAGAAGCCAGGAAGAAGCCAGGAGGAACCGGAUAACUACAAGGCAAAAGUUGAAAGAUGAUGCCUGGGGCGAUGACUGAAUCGAAUGAAGGGUUCUUAUGUUAACCAUCCAAAAGGGAAAAAAACAAAAUAUGGAGCUUGAAUACUUGUUUGCUUGUACUCAACAGGUUCUGCAACACAACUAAGGGAACCAGUUUCAUAUUUUCUUUGAAGAUUAACGUUGAUUGCAUGAUUGUAUGUUCUUCUGGUUCAUAUUUCUGGAAAAUUUACCUUUGA